AUGGCAACAUUGAACAUUGCAUCGAAGGCGAACCAAGCCACCACCUUCCCGGCUCUACUGGUUGCACAGUACGCGAAAGAAGCAGAUCCUAACUCCUCGAUCAAUGUCAACUUCGAGGAAGUAGAUACCCUCAAGGCAGGAGACAAUGCUACUGUCGAGAUUAUCGUAGGAAGUGAGACAUCUACGUAUGGUUCCGAGAAAGUCAUCGAUGGCCUUAUGGAGGCAUAUCCCUUUCUGCAAGGCAAACAUGACACAUUGGUCAAAGAAUGGCUAGGAAGAACAGCGUCAUUCGUCCCCACAGACUUUAAAUCUAUUGAUGGUCCACUGCUUGAGCUAGAUGCACAUCUGACGCUUCGCUCUCACGUUGUGGGAUACACUCUCACAGUCGCAGAUCUCUCUGUUUGGGCAGCUAUCCGAGGCAACAAAGUUGCUCAUGCAGCCGUUAAAAAAGGCGCCUUGUUGAACGUAACUAGAUGGUUCAAGUUCAUUGAGGAGACCAACGCUUGGAUUGUAACGGCCGUCCAUUCAGCGAAUGCACAGGCUCAGGCGAAGAAGGCGACAAAGAGCAGUGAAGGAGCGAGCUAUGACAUUGCCUUGCCGGACACAGAGAAGGGCGUUGUCACUCGGUUUCCCCCGAGCCAUCUGGUUAUCUCCAUAUCGGGCACGCAAAAGCUGCAUUGCUCAAUGAUUACUUCGCGCAUGAGAUGUAUAAGGGAACAUUGA